CCCUCCCGCCCUCCGCCCGGAGUGGGGGCGUGGAGCGCGGGAGGGCGGGCUUCUCCGGCAGCCAGCCUCGCAGCACCCCGAGCGCACUGGCCUCCUGAGAAGGGCGCAGAGCGCGCAGCCGGGAGCCCGCAGCCGGCCGUCCUCUGCCCUGGUGCCCUGGGCGGCUGCAGGGUUCCUGGAGAGCGCGUCUAGCCAUGGAGCCUUUGCACAAAGACGCCGAAACGGCGGCGGCGGCUGCGGCUGUGGCAGCGGCAGAUCCCCGGGGGGCAUCGUCGUCCAGCGGGGUGGUCGUGCAGGUUCGGGAGAAGAAGGGGCCCCUGCGCGCCGCCAUCCCCUACAUGCCCUUCCCGGUGGCUGUCAUCUGUCUCUUCCUCAACACUUUCGUGCCGGGAUUGGGUACAUUCGUCUCGGCCUUCACUGUGCUGUGCGGGGCACGCACUGACCUCCCGGACAGGCAUAUGUGCUGCGUCUUCUGGUUGAAUAUUGCCGCGGCCCUCAUUCAGGUUCUCACAGCCAUCGUCAUGGUCGGCUGGAUCAUGAGCAUCUUCUGGGGCAUGGAUAUGGUCAUCCUUGCCAUCUCUCAAGGGUACAAGGAUCAGGGUAUCCCGCAACAGCUGUGAGCCUACAGGACCUGCGGGGGAAGUCCAGGGUCCUGUGAGGGCCACACCAGGUGGCUCCAGGCACAAGGACCUUCACAUAUUCUCUUCUGCCAUUUCUCAGAUUGGGGUAGAAAGAGAGUACUUACAAAAUAUUAUUUAUUUUGGAAAACACACCUGCUUUUCUUAGCAGGCUCCAAGGCUAACUUCUCUCCCUGCUCCAGAGCGCACGGGAGGAACAGGCCCAGAAUGUCAGACUGGGCUAGAGGCGGGAUAGUGAGCUGGUGCAAGGGAUGCUGGGUAUGCCUAUCCAAGUACACACUGAGCAGGCACCCAGACCUGAGGCUGGGCUGCUCUAGGUCCCGUGCAGAUGAUCAGCCGCUCUCUUAGGUGUCAGAACUUCACGGAACACUUCCUCUGCUUCCUCACGCCCUGCUCAACCAUGUGGUUCCCUGUAUUUGCUCUGUGGUCUCCCAGGGGCAGUAUCAGGGUGGGGGUUGCCAAGUGUGAAAAGGCCAGGUGAUAGCCCAGUGUCCUUGGGUCCCCCCAGGAGUCUGAUGGUACCCCAGCGUUCAAGUCGCUGGGUGUGCGUGUGACUUUGUGACUUGACUUGGGGUGGGGAGGUGGCACCCACUCCACCUCUGGGAUGUAACUGCUAGUAUCCAGAUGUUUAUAUACAAAAUGAUCAGACUGAGUUAUGAAUGGCUGCCGAUCAGCAGCCUUCUUGGAUGUAUUUACUACGGUCUUUGGUCCUCUCUCCUUUUCCCCCCUGACACUCACAUGUUUCGGAAUCCAGAUGUUUGGUUUUGAGGAAGGUGAUGGUCUCCAUUCAUUACUGUUUCCUGACAGCCCAGUGGAGUCUGGACUUCCCACCCACCGCCAAACGCGUGGAUAUCACUAGAGAACCCUGUGAAUAGUCAGAUGCAUUGGGACUCAUGAAAUGUAAAUAGCCUUGCCCAAGCGAGUCCUGGGGGCCAUCGGAGACGGGACUGCAUUUGAACCGUGACCUGCAGAGUGACAUCAUGAGGUUGGAGACUUUGACCCGAAAUUCACGAGUGCUGCAAGAAGAUGCAUCAUGAGGCUGAAGUUGUCAGCGUGGCUUGUGCCCCUUUAAGCAGCAAACCUGGGACCGAUCAGUACAGAGCCGAAUCCUUACUAGGCAGAGAAAGCAUCAGAAAAUGGGAAGGGACCAUCUGAAAUUAAGAGAAAGGCCGAUCCAAACUGACGGUGGU